AAAGGAUUAAGCAUCCCUGAGUUUCAAACAGAAACUUGCACUGAAUACAUUCGAAGAACCAUCAAGAAAUGGGGACCUGGAUUUUAUUUGCCUGCCUCCUGGGAGCAGCUUUUGCCAUGCCUCUACCACCUCAUCCUGGGCACCCUGGUUAUAUCAACUUCAGCUAUGAGAACUCACAUUCUCAGGCUAUCAAUGUUGACAGGACUACAUUAGUGCUUACCCCUUUGAAGUGGUACCAGAGCAUAAGGCCACCGUACCCUUCCUAUGGUUACGAGCCCAUGGGUGGAUGGCUGCACCACCAAAUCAUCCCUGUGCUGUCCCAACAGCACCCCCCGACUCACACCCUGCAGCCUCAUCACCACAUCCCAGUGGUGCCAGCUCAGCAGCCCGUGAUCCCCCAGCAACCAAUGAUGCCCGUUCCUGGCCAACACUCCAUGACUCCAACCCAACACCACCAGCCAAACCUCCCUCCGCCCGCCCAGCAGCCCUACCAGCCCCAGCCUGUUCAGCCACAGCCUCACCAGCCCAUGCAGCCCCAGCCACCUGUGCACCCCAUGCAGCCCCUGCCGCCACAGCCACCUCUGCCCCCGAUGUUCCCCAUGCAGCCCCUGCCUCCCAUGCUUCCUGAUCUGACUCUGGAAGCUUGGCCAUCAACAGACAAGACCAAGCAGGAGGAAGUGGAUUAAAAGAUCAGAAGAUGAGGGGAAUGAAUACUUCAGAUGCUUUCAGGAAUGACACAAGAACACAUGACUUUUGCUUAUAAUCACUUUACUUAGCAAAUUCUGUAACUAAAAAAGCACCAUUAGCAGGCAAUAAAAUGCAUUAAAAAUCA